UGGGCCGACUUGUUCCCUAUUCCUAAUUAACAUCCGGCAAUUUCCACGGCUAGACUGUUCUGACUCGAUAUCAGAUGCACACUUAUUCUUUUGAAAUUUAAAUACUCAGAUCUACUAGCAAUUUGUGGAGAAGUUGUUGUUAAAAGUAAAGAUAAAUAAAGGAAUGAACGAUUGGCGUCCUUUUCUGUAUGGAGGAGUUGCUUCCAUGGUAGCUGAAAGUGGUACAUUUCCAAUUGAUACAACUAAAACACGUCUACAGAUACAGGGUCAGAUAAUUGACAGAAGUCUUACAGAACUAAAGUACCGGGGCAUGUCCCAUGCUUUCUUCAGAAUAUUUAAAGAAGAGGGAUUACAGUCACUAUAUUCUGGAAUUGCUCCAGCCUUACUUAGACAAGCAUCAUAUGGAACAAUAAAGAUUGGAGUUUACCAUACAUUAAAAAGAGCACUUGUUCCAGACCCAGAAGAUGAAACUUUAUCAAUUAACGUGUUAUGUGGUGUCAUUGCCGGAAUUGUCUCCAGUGCAGCUGCCAAUCCCACAGAUUUGCUCAAAGUGCGAAUGCAAGUUAAAGGAAGAGAAGGAUGUGGAGAAGACAUGUUCAAUGCAUUUAUUAACAUUUAUAAACAAGAAGGAUUACGAGGAUUAUGGAGGGGUGUUGUACCCACAGCUCAGAGAGCGGCCACCGUAGCAGGGGUGGAAUUACCAGCUUAUGAUUUAUGUAAAAAAGUUAUAGUGCAAUCAGGGUAUCUUGGUGAUACAAAGCCAACACAUUUCUUAGCCAGUUUUCUAGCAGGUCUGGCUGGUGCUAUUGCCUCAACUCCAAUUGAUGUAAUAAAGACACGAAUGAUGAACCAGAAGGUUUUACGACCACAGCUGGUGAUGAAUGGAGGUUCUGCAGCUGUAGGAAAAUCUGUCUAUACAUCCUCUGUAGAUUGCCUGGUGCAGACUGUGAGGACAGAAGGAGUUAUGGCUUUAUACAAAGGGUUUGUUCCAACCUGGGUCAGACUUGGUCCAUGGAAUAUAAUCUUCUUUAUGACGUACGAACAAUUGAAGAAGAUCCACUGAAGUCUGUGAUAUUUUUAAAGACAUUAAAAAUGAAUUUUACCGGUAAUGAAUGCAACAAAUCAGAUUUCACACCAGAGAAGAGGAAAAGAACAAAUAUGGUGCAAAAAAGUUUUUUCGAAAAGAUGAAACAUUUGGGGAAAAUAUGGAAUCAUCUGCUACAUAUAUUUAAAGUUAACUCAUAAUUUUCACAUUAGAAGUAGGAAGUUGUUAAAUAUGAAUUUUAUGCUCAAAUUGGUUAAUUGAUCUUUUUCAUUCAUAAAAUUAAAAUUGUACAAAAGUCGAAAGACAGGAAUAUAAAUUGAAGUGAUUUCAGUAAAUAAUGUCUUUAAAGUAAUGUAGAAACAGUUUAACUGUUGUUUUCCAGUUAUUUGCAUUGCUGAAGUAAAUAUUCCUCAUAUUGACUUAUUUUUUGUCAUUUUACACAGUAUUUGUAAUAAAAAAGUAGAGUAGGGUGAUAUAUAAUACAAACAAACUCUGUUGGUUUUUUAAAGUACAUAAUAAAGGAGAGAAGGUUGAUUCAGAUCUAUAGAAAGAUAUUAUUCUUUUAGAAUCUCAUUGUUAAUGACCAAAGAAUAUUUUAUGUAUGCUGAACUUUGUUUGAAGUGAAAUCCUAAGACCAAUUUUCGUAUACUCAGUAUUUUCAGUAAUUUUGCAUAUGUAAAUAUAUGUGUUGUUUACAAAUAUGAAUAUUAUACAUUUUUGUAUGAAUUUAUUAACUGGUACACACAAUUAUAAAAAGCGAACAAAUCAUACACCUUGCUUGUUUGUAACAAAGAAUAAUGGUGCAAAUUUAGAUGGAAGAUGACCUGAAAAAGAUGGUUAUUUAACUGGAGCAGUAUUAACUUCAAAAUAGUUUCUUACUGCUUAUGUUAAUUAUAAGAUUAUUUGUUAACUGUAAAACUGUUAUGUACUAAUAAGCUUCUAAUGUUUUGUACGAAUAUACAUAAAGAUAUCAGAUUUUCAGUCUUAGUUAAUAACAAAAACUCAAUGUGGUAUGCCUUUAUUUCUCCUAUGUCCUAAAAAUUUCCAUCACAAGCUUAAAUAGCAAAUAGGAUAGUUUAUCAAAGUUUGAUAAAACUUGGAAUCUUCCUUUUAGAGUUCAAUUUUUAAAUAAGUUUAUGGGUUUUUGUCUUAAAUUCUGUUUUAAGAAAAAAAACAUUCUUUUCCCACUGUUUUCUGAAAUGUGAUAGAAUUUUAAUUUAUUUUAAUAAUAAGCAAAAGGAAGGAAAACAUUGUUAAUUUGUUUUAUUGUUGUAUAAGUUUAACUGUAGAAAAAAACUUCAUUUAUAGAAGAAAAGUAUGAGUUUUAGGUAAAGUUCAGUGUAUUUUUUCAAAUGUGCAAUUCUCUUUUAAGUUUGGAAUUCUUAAAAGGGGCACUGUAAAACUAUUAUGGAUAAACACAUUAAAUUCAAUAAUGAUUUUUAUAAAAUCAUUCCAUUUUAUAUGAAAUCUGCUUACCAUCAUUUUUUUAUGGUACAGAGUUAGAUAAAAAUGCCUUUAUUUUGAUUUUUCUUGAUCUCAUAUUUGUUUGUUACAAAUUUUGUUUUCCAUAUUUUGGAAGAGUUAGAUAGAUGCUUUUUCAGUAUUCUAUGCAGCGAAAAAACAUGAAUGUUGGCUAUUAUUAUUAUAAUAAAAGUAUGACAGAA